AGUUUGGGUUUUGGUUCCUAUUUGUUUACAGCUUUUGUAUUUCUCAUCAGAACUGGCCAUGUCAUCUGACAGCAAUCCUAACGCUACGACAAAGCUAAGUCGAAACGUGCUACCCAAAGGGAUUACCCCUUCUGAGUACUGGCUUCACAUCAUUCCAAAUUUUGAUGACUUUACCUUUAAGGGAAGCCUCAGGAUCUACGUACACACAACAGAGGAUGUGUCGAUCAUAAAACUCAAUGCGUUGGGCCUCACUUUUGAUAAGGUGACCCUUAAGAAAGAACAGCCGGCGCAGCAAGGGGAUUCUGCAGAGCACCAAAUCCAGCUUGGGAAGGUGUCAAUGGACGAAGAAAAUGGGGUGGCGACUAUCCCCCUUGACGAGGCCAUGCUUCACGCUAACGAAGCUGCUUAUCUUUCCAUCCACUACACAGGCGAUAUUAGCGACAAGUUGGCGGGAUUCUACCGCAGCAAGUACCAAACCUCGGACGGCCGCAAUGUGUACCUGGCGACGACGCAGUUCGAGGCCGUCGAUGCGCGCCGCGCCUUCCCAUGCUGGGAUGAGCCCGCCCACAAGGCGGUGUUCCACAUCACCAUCACGGCGCCAUCGCAUAUGGUGUGUAUCUCCAACAUGCACGAGAUCGCUCGUGACCCUGUCCCCAGUGAAGCAAACCAAGCCCCCGCCACUACGUACACUUUUGCGCCAAGCCCCAAGAUGUCUACCUACCUUGUCGCGUGGACGAUAGGUGAAUUGGAUUCAAUCCGCGCCACAGUGCAUCUUCCCAUGACACCAGAGCAGGAUACGAUUGUGUCAGUAUACACACCAAAAGGCAAAUCUUCGCAAGCGCAGUUUGCGCUAGAUGUCUCCGUGCGUGCGUUGCCAUUCUACGAAGCCUUUUUCGAGCAAGGCUACCUUUUGAAAAAGAUGGACCUUGUCGCAAUCCCCGAUUUUGCGGCAGGUGCAAUGGAAAAUUGGGGCCUUAUCACGUACCGCGAGUCGGCCUUGCUCUGCGAUGAGCAUUCCAGCUCGGCACAUCGACAAUGGGUAGCUAUCGUUGUUUGCCACGAAAUAGCCCAUCAGUGGUUCGGUAACCUGGUAACCAUGGAGUGGUGGAAUGAGCUUUGGUUAAACGAAGCUUUCGCUACUUUCAUGCAGUAUAUGGUGGUCAACAAACUUUUUCCAGAGUGGAAUAUAUUUACGCAGUUUGUUCAGACAGAGUGUAACAAUGCUAUGGAACUUGAUGCCAUGUUAAGUUCACAUCCUGUCGAAGUGGAAGUAAAUAAUGCUCAGGAGAUUGAUGAAAUUUUUGAUGCCAUUAGCUACUGCAAAGGUGGAAGUAUUGUACGAAUGAUCAUUGAUUAUAUCAGUGAGGAAGCGUUUCAGCGUGGUAUUUCCGCCUAUAUUCGUCAUUUUAAGUAUGGUAACGCGAACACAGUGGAUCUGUGGAAGUUCCUAGGUGGAGGAGCCGGCAUGAACUUAACUCCGAUUAUGGAAUUUUGGACCGGCAAGCAGGGAUUUCCUUAUCUACACGUAAAGAAACUUGAAGAUAAUUCGACCACAGACGGCUCCGCUGUGACACUUGAAAUCAUCCAAAAUCGCUUUUUGGCAACAGGAGCAGCUACGGCAGCAGCGAAUGACACAAUCUGGAAGAUUCCACUGCUUAUUCGUACCCCUGACGAACCUAGCGAAAAGCAAGUACUUGUGAACCAGCAUUCUGUACAAGUAAUUGUUAGGACAUCCAGCUGGAUCAAGGCUAAUAGCCGCCAAACAUGCUUCUGUCGUGUGCUAUAUGACAAUACACUCCUGGACGCUUUGAAGCCCGCACUCCUUGAAAAGGCACUUCCAGGGCUUGAUCGUCUAGGCAUCGUGAUGGAUUACCACGCCUUUGCGCGCGGUGGCUACGUCCCAACGGCACUGGUUGUGGGACUUGUAAAAGCAUUCGCUGAACAUGAGGAUGAGUUCGCAGUAUGGUCAGCAAUUGCAGACUUUGAAAGAAGUGUGCGCCUAAUCCUCUCCAGUCGUGGUGAGUCAGCUCAGGAGAAACUCAACACUUAUUGUCAUUCCCUGUACUCCCGUGCCAUGCAACACGUGGGGUAUAUCCUGCAACAUGAUGAAGCGCAAAAUGUAGCUCAACUCCGUUCCUUGAUCUUCACGCGUCUAACUAUUUCUAAAGAACCAAGAGCUAUGGAAGCUGCGCGCCAAAUGUAUGCAAAUCGUGAAAAAGUUCCUAUUCCAGCUGACCUUCACGAAGCUGUGUACACAGUCCACGUCAAAGAUGGCGGUUUGACAGCAGUCGAUGAAAUAAAGAGCUUGAUUGCCAACUCAACAGACGCAGUGGAGCGGUCUCGAUACCUAAAGGCUCUCUCGGCCAACUGCCCUAAUUCCAUUUCUGUUUCUGCACUCUUCGACUACUGUUUUUCUAAAGAAGUAAAAACCCAGGAUUCGAUUUACUUGCUUGCUGGGAUUAUGAGUAAGAGCUACUUGGUAAAAGACUAUGCUCAAGAAAUUAUGAAGCGAUGGGAUCACAUAAUUAAAACGCUUCCAGGUCUUAUGGUUGGGAGAUGCAUCAGCUACGUGGGGUCAGGUGCUGAUCACAGCGUCGCAGCUGAUCUUAAAACCUUUUGGGAAACCCGUGUAAGUGAAAAAGAUAAACAGAUUGUGUACCGCAGCUUUCAGAAAGGACUCGAAGCGUUGGUGAAUAAUGCCAAUUGGGCUGAUAGAGAAGUAGAUGCAAUUAUGCUAUCACUUAGUUAA